AUGGUUGCUUUCCAUGAUGUUUUCCGGUAUGCAUGGGAUCUUGGAUAUCGGCAAGUUGAACUGGAAACGAACAAUUUAGAGGUGUCGAAGAUAUGGUAUCAACUGUCGGACGCGUUGGCGGGUAAUGGUUUUGUGUGUGCUGUUAAUGAGCUUAGGAAUCGGGAAUGGGUUGUCGAGUUGAGGCAUAUUCAUCGUACACAAAAUGCUGUAGCUGAUGCUUUAGCUGGUUGGAGCCGUGGUUCUUCCCCUGGUGUGCUGGAAUUUGGACAUCCGCCUUCUGAGUUGGAGAUGCUGCUGCAGGAAGAUCUACUCGGGACAAGCUAG